GCGGUUCUAUCGGGAAUAAAAUAAGGGUGGGACUGUUGUAGGCGUGAAGAAAACUUCCUGCUUUGAAAAGAUAAGCGGCUGUUAUCCCGAGUGUUGUCAGAAGUGGAGGAACCAUGCCUUUCCUCCAUGGGUUUCGGAGAAUMAUUUACGAGUACCAACCGCUUGUAACUGCUGUGAUGCGUGUUGUUGGUCUAGAGGAAGAAGAUGGCAGUCAGGACAACAGAUCUCCUGAGGACGAGUCCAGUCGAUGUAACGCUUUAGUKGAGUUUCUGGAGCAGGAGUCCCAGUCAGACGUGUUUAUGGAAGGCAUCAGCUAUGCCCUGUUUAAAGUGGCAGAGAGGGGACUGGUGUACGCUGCCAAAAUCCUCCUACGAUAUGGAGCUGAUAUAAACUUUGAAGACCCUGUGUCAUACUACAACCCGCUUCAUAUAGCUGUUUUAAGGAACAGGCCAAACAUGGUGAGGCUGCUUGUUGGGCAUGGAGCAGACAUCGAAAAACGGGACCGAAUUCAUGAGAGCAGUCCUUUGGACCUCGCCUGUGAGGAGUCAGAAAGACUGCCAUGUCUGCUCACGCUGCUGGACCUGGGUGCUGAUGUGAACGCAAGAGAUAGCCAUGGGAAGACGCCUUUGCUCCACGCAUUAGCAUGCAGCGAUGGGUUAACAGUCCACAUUACGGAGAACAUCAGGCUUCUACUUGAAAGAGGUUCUGACGUUAACGCCUCAACAUUAGACGGCGAAACAGUUGAGUCGUCGUUGGUGUUUCUGGUGAAAGAGGCUCUGGAGGCCAGUGUGGAGGACGCUGCUGAGAUUGGGAACUUCUGCUUGAAAACCACCCGCCUGCUGCUGGCUCACGGCGUGGACCCCAGCUGCCGUCUGAGUGAGGACGGUGAGCCCUCCCUGACUCAGACCAGCCUGGAGCACUUCGACCUGCUCUUCCCUCUGGCUGUGCUCUUAAUCCAGAGCGGGGCCUCUUUGGUUUGCUCCCAUCACAGUUCCUCCUGUUGGUCCGGUUACAGCCUCCUCUUCCAGAGGCUCCAAACAGCCCUGCAGAAGUGCUCGGAUCAGAGUCAUGCCUCGGAGCUCCUGGAGCAAGCUGAGCUGUUGCUGGACCUGGCGAGGGUAAACUUCCCCACGUUGCAGCUCCCUCCCCAGCUGGAGCUUCCCGUGCCCACCCACGACUCUCACCCUUACGCUCAGGUGCUGGCAGACCUGCACAGUCGUGUAGUGGCGCGUGAAGCAAGCCCACCACCUCUACAUUGUCUUUGUCGGGUAUUUAUAAGGAGUUACCUGCAGCCUUGGCCUCUGGAAAGCAGAGUCAAAGCCUUGCCUUUACCCGACAGACUGAAGAACUUUCUUCUCCCUGAGAUCACGUACACCCCAAAGCCAGGCUGGGACUGCUUCAAGCCCCAGCAAAGCCAGCAUUAAAAUUCCCAGCCUGCCUAGAUUUGCUCUUGCCUCAAAUCUGACAUGAGAGUGUGAACUUUUGUAGUAAUUUGCGUGAAAACAUUAAGAUUUUUCUCCAUAAAUAAGUCGAAAUCAAACACACCCAUUGUGGCCUUUGUUCUGUUUUUUUUAUCCGUGCCAAGUUAACAGACAAAUUGCUUUACCUGUAAAUUUUUACUUCCAAGGUACAAAGCUGUGUUUGUACAAUACUUUUCCUCUGUUUUGUUUAAAUUGUUUUACAAUAUUUGUGAAAGUAAGUGCAUUUUUAAUGCAGUGCAAAGGUGUAACCACCAGAUGGCAGUGUUGAACCUGAACACCAAAGUGUGUGUGUGUGUGUGUGUGUGUGUGUGUGUGUGUGUGUGUGUGUGUGUG